AGUUUCCUUCCAACGUUCACCUUGUCUCCCUAUUUUUUCAAACUGAGUGCAUAUGUGAAGCAGAGAAACCCUCAGUUUAAUAGAGAGAGAGAAAACAUGUAGUGUAAGGUAACCUCCGAGCUCCUCCUCGUAUCAAAAUAAAAAGAAAACCCUUUCUCUCUCCUCCGAUUCCUCCCUCUGGUUUUCGUCCGUCUGCAAAUCCAUUGAGGCCGGCCAUCUCUCUCUUCCACACAAAACCCUAAACCCUUUCUCUCUCUAGAAAAUGUCUUGUUCUUGAAUCUUGAAUCGUUUAGAAAUCUAUCCAAACCGCUAUCUAUUAAUACAGUCUCUCUUUCUCUCUCUUCUUCCGAUCCUACUAUUUCCUGGCGAGUGAUCGAGAACGGGAAGCUGGAAAAGCGACCUGUAAUUGAUGAGGACUUCGCCGUAAUGUCGGCCAUGCUAAAUUUCAGAGUUUCAGCCAAGCCUCAAAUGGAAACCAAAGCUUCGAGCUCUCAUCAGGCCAAUCCUUCUCCUUUCUCUUUCCCUGAUUUUCGAAGAGGUACUUCUCAGAACGCCAAAAACCCUCCUUCAAACCUUCCCUUUGAUUCGUCCUCUCUCUCUUCUUCAACUUCUUCUGCUUCUUCUUCUUUCUUUGAAUCCAUGGGUUUUAGGAAUGGUGCCAUGGAUUCACAGUCCGGUGCUUCUAGGGAGAAUCCAGAUAAUGCAUUCUUUAAAAAUUCUGCAACGUCAUCUUCUUUUAAUGGAAAAUUAGGGCAGUCGGAUUUGAGGAACGAUCAAUCAGGGCUUCGAUGGAGGCCUCGGCUUGCAAAGUCCAGGAGGCAUUUGAUUUCAGGAAAAGGAAGGCCUCCAGUUUUGGGGUCUUUGUCUUCUGGUUCAGAUGGUAAAGAGAAUUCAGGGGCCUUUAAUCCCUUUAAACAUGCAGAGAGUUCUGGUUCUUUUAGAGGAACUGGACCUAGCCCUUGUUUUACAAUGGAUUCUGAUCGACCAGGGGUUUUUUCUGGGAAAUUUGGGGACAAUGGUAAGUCUGGUCAGUUGGGUAAUGCUGAUUCUUCUGAUGGGUUUAGAUUUGUGGGAACCAGCAAUGGUAAUGUAAAGGAAUUUCGUUUUGGUGAGCAAGCACAGAGCGUGCAGGAUCGUAUCCAUGGCUGGAACCCUUUCUCGUCGGGCUUAACUGGCAAGUCUUAUUCAAAGGAUGAUUUGGGUGCUAAAGACCAUGGUCUCACCAUUAAUGGUGAGAAAACUUCUACUGAGUCUACAGAAAAUAUUCAUGAGAGGAAAAAUUUUAGUUUUGGAGGUGGAAGUGAGGCUAAAUUAUUUUCUUUUCAAGGGACAUCAACGGGUUCUUUUAGUCAAAAUGAGCCAUCUAUGCUCCCUGAUAAACUGAGGAAGUUGAAGAUUGAGACCGAGACUACUAACAACAAAGGCCCCGAGCUCAGCUUUAAAGUUGACAAAAGCUUUGAAAGGAAUGGUUUCACAUUUGGAACAAAUGGGGGAAAAGGCUUGGGUUUAACUGAGAACUUCAAUGGCAACAGCAAGCGAUCUACUCUUCAAGAUGAGAUGAAGAAGAUGCAUUUGGGUAAUGGCAAGAGCUCUGAAAAUGAAGCUUCUUUUUCUGGUAGAUCACAGAGGACAGCUCGUGCUUUCGCCGGCACAAGAAGGCGCCAUGUGUUGCGUAGUACUCAGAAUUCACAGGUUAGGGAGAGUGCAAAUUCUCAGUCCAGAGCUUCGAAUGAAGAUACCAACUCAACAACCCCGACAAGUGCGGCAUUUGGUGGCUUAACAGAAGCCAAAGUGGCUGUUCCAAUGUCUUUCAUUUUUCAAAUGGGGGAGUCAGGUGUGAAACCAAGCACAGCUAAUCGUUCGAAAGAGGAUGUUGAGAAUGGAACAUUUGUUCCUCCUAUACAAUCAUCAUUUUUGUCGCCAUCAUCAUCUGUUGGGCAAUGUGCAUUUGUUCCACCUUCUCUGCAUUCAUCAUCAUCAUCAUCUGGAGCUUCUUUCACAUCAAUUAAUCAAGAAAGGUCGGAGGGAGCUACCCACUUUAGUUUUUCAGGCUUUCUUGGAGGGGUGGAUGCAACCAUUGCUGGCUCAAUGGGAGCAAAACAGGGAGAAACUCCUCUCCAAAAUGAUGCUCCAAAAUUUGAUGAUGACUUUCCAUCUUCAAGCCUACCACCAAAGUUUGAAUUCAAUGCCAAUGUGGGCACACCAUCCAAGAGUAUAAGGAAUCGAAAAAAGAAGGAAAAUGUUAGGCACCAUGCUCCAAAGCAUCUUGGACAAACUGGGUCUAGGGAAACACCUGGCCAAGCAUCUUUAGAGCCUGAAGCUUCAGAAAGUUAUUCACCAAUGGACUUCUCUCCGUAUCGAGAAACUCUUUCAGCAAAUGAAAGCUCGAGAGGAUCGUCAGUUGCAUCUGAUUCUUCUUUCCACUUGGGUACUGCUGAUCGGAUUCCACCUAUGCGAAAGUCGGAUUUUAUAGAUGGAAAGGUUGAAAUUCUCAGUUCUGCAACUAGAAACUUGUAUAUCAAUGAAGGUGAGGUACAAACUGUUAGUAAGGAGGGUUCCAAUCAUUGUUCUGAGUCGAGCAGUUCUGAAGAUGAUCAAGGUUUUCCUCCAAAGCCUGAAGAUGAGGCUUUAAGAGCCAAACUUGAAAAGGUGGAUAUCAAGGAUGUUACUAGUGCUGCUGCUUCUGAAACUGAUGGGUGUCUGAGAGAAAGAGUAGAAAAGACCGAGGCCAAGGGUGAUAAAGAGUUUAGCUUUUCUUUAAAAUUGGAAGAGACCAAGAAGACUGAUUUUACCUUUGUUGCAUCGUCCCCGACGCAAACUCCAUUGUCAUCAGCAAGGCACCAUUUUAGGAAGAAGCACCGCUUGAAAGUUGAACCACAUGCUCUCAAUCAGAAUCCCAUGUUUCACCCUGCUUCCCCUUCUAUCCAGCCCUUCCCACUUGCUAGCAGUGGGAUGCAGGGAGCUGGGCUAUUUGAAAAAGGCGAUGUAUUCCUUGGUCGAUCAGCUGGGGUUCAAGGAGUGGCAGAAGAGUCAAAAGGCAAUGCAAUUUCUUCGUCAAAACAGGAAGCACAGCAAGAUUUUAUGCCACGUGGUGAUAGAGGUGCAGGAAAAUCUAUGACCUUUGCUAUUCCUACUCAGACAGUGAACCGACCUUCCACUGCCCAAGCUGCUGAAUUACAGGAACUUUGUGAGAAGUGGCGACUUAGGGGUAAUCAAGCUUAUGCAAAUGGAGAUUUACAUAAGGCUGAAGACUACUACUCACGUGGGGCGAAUAGCAUUCCUCCAAAGGAAAUGUCCACAGCGUGCAUCAGGGCAUUAAUGCUGUGCUAUAGCAACCGUGCUGCGACCCGAAUGGCUCUUGGUAGGGUGAGAGAAGCGCUUAUGGAUUGUUCAAAGGCCAUUGCCAUGGAUAAGAACUUCUUGAAAGCUCAAAUUAGAGCUGCAAACUGUCAUCUUGCACUUGGGGAAAUUGAUGAUGCAUUGGCAUGGUUUAAAAAGUGCUUGCAGUUUGGAAAUGAUUUGGGUCAAGAUAAUAAAGUUUUAGCAGAAGCUUCUGAUGGCCUGCAAAAGGCUCAGCAAGUGGUUGAGUACAUGGACCGUUCUGCCGAACUUCUACAUACGAGAACAUCUAAAGAUGCUGCAACUGCAUUGGCUGUUAUUAGCAAUGCAUUGUCACUAAGUUCGUACUCUGAGUGCUUGAUUGAAAUGAAGGCAGAUGCCCUUUUCCUGAUGCGGAAGUAUGAGGAUGUAAUUCAAUUUUGUGAGCAAACUCUUGAUUCUGCAGAGAGGAAUUUUCCCUUUGUUAGUGUUGAAGGUGACCAGAAAAGUGUGGAUGAUUCUGCAAGCAGAAAAAGUGUAUCUGUACGGCUUUGGCGGUGGCACAUGAUUUCCAAAUCAUACUUUCAUUUGGGAAAACUCGAGGAGGCACUUGAUUUGCUGCAAAAACACCAGCAAGCGAGUUCUGAAAAUAGCAGGAGUUUAGAAUCUGUGAGUGCACUCAUCAUCACUAUACAGGAACUAUUACGUCAUAAGGCUGCAGGGAAUGAAUCAUUUCAAUCAGGGAAGCAUGCCGAAGCAGUUGAACAUUAUGGUGCUGCUUUGGCAUGCACUGUUGAAUCACACCCUUUUGCAGCCAUUUGCUUUUGCAAUCGUGCAGCUGCCCAUCAAAUUUUAGGAAACAUUACGGAUGCUGUAGCAGAUUGCACCCUCGCAAUAGCUCUUGAUGCAAAUUAUGCAAAGGCAAUUUCUAGAAGAGCCACCUUACAUGAGCUGAUUAGAGAUUAUGGGCAAGCUAUCAAUGAUCUUAAGAGGCUUAUUUCACUUCUUGAAAAGCAGGAGGGGUGUGGUAAAACUGGAAGAUCAAGUAUUUUAAAUGAUCUGAGACAAGCUCGUGGGAGACUUGCUGUACUAGAAGAAGAAGCCAAAAAAGGACUUCCAUUGGAUCUAUAUCUGAUCUUGGGGGUUGAAUCAUCUAGCACAGCUUCAGAGAUCAAGAAGGCGUAUCGAAAAGCAGCAUUGAGACAUCACCCAGAUAAGGCUGGUCAAUUUUUGGCAAGGAAUGAAAAUGGAGAUGAGAGGCUCUGGAAAGAAGUUGCAGAUGAGGCCCACAAGGAUGCAGACAGACUAUUUAAAAUGAUUGGAGAGGCAUAUGCAGUGCUCUCGGAUCCUGUAAAGCGUGUAAAGUAUGACAAUAAUGAGGAGAUGAGGAAUCUUCAAAAGAAAGGUAGUAGCAGCCAUAGUUCCCAAGCAUCAUCAGAUCCUUAUGGUUACCCAUUUGAGAGGGGUGCAAAUAGAAGGAAUUGGCGAGGAUCAUGGCAAUCUGUAAAUCAGAGAUACACAGAUGAUGCUUACUCAACUAGAUACAACUAAUCAGGCAGUUUUGUUGAGAAGUUUGUGUAAUUAUCAUGCGCGUGAGCUUGAUGAUGGCCUGGGGUUGCAAUACUGGCAUCAUAAUAUGCAAUUUGCUAAGAUGUUGCUUGAUAUACCAACACUUGGAGUGUGCGCUUGAUUAGUGUGUGAGAAAGAUUUCGUCCUGAAAGCUGCCCAAGCAAAAGCAAUAGGAAGACGGCUGGCCAAGUCUAUUGGCUUCGCAAAAUUGGAAUUGGUAAAUCGAUGCCUCUCCUCGCCAAUCUGUGAUUGAGGAUAGAGCAAGGAGCUUUGAUUUGAUUGUCUAUAUCAAUUUUUUUUUGAAAAGAUUGUAAUUACCAAUGGAUUUUGACAGAGUUAUGAUAACACUUGUUGACUUGUGAGUGUUGAAAAUGUAAUAUGGGGCUCAACCUCCUUGGGGUUCUGUCAAGGGUAAUUUUUAUUAAUAUAUUUUUCACCUCAGU